UCUAUUAUUAAUCUUAGCCAUCAGGAUUGUCAUAAGAUAAGUCAAGUGAAUCGCGCUAAAUGCAUUAUUUUAAGUCAUGAAAUGUUUACCUAUAAAAAUUUGGGAACACGUAGGUGUGCUGAUGCCGAAGCCACACUUGUAAAACAGACAUUCAAAAACUUAGGUUUUGAUGUAUUUAUUUACAAAGAUUACACAUAUCAGCAAAUAAAAAAACUUCUUACAAAUUUAAGUAGCGAUGAUUAUAAGAAGGACGACUGUAUUUGUAUCUUUAUAUUAACACAUGGAGAGGCAAAAGGACUUAUCUGGGCCUUGGAUGCAUGUUAUCCAAUAAAUAUUUAUGAAGAAACACUUUCAAAUAUCCAGACACUGGCUGAUAAACCGAAGCUAAUUUUCGUUCAGGCACGUAUAGUAGCGAGGGUAGAUGGAGGAACACAUUUAAUUCAACAAAAGAGCGAUUAUAUUGAUGAAAUAAAUAGAAAAUAAAGCAUUUGUAACAAACUGUCUAAUUUGACAGUUACUUUAUAUGGCAUAACUUACCGCCUGCCACAUUUUCUUAAAUUUAGUAAAUUAUUCUUAA